AGUUGUUCACAAAGCUCGAGCAGUUGCAAGAGACUCACGUCCGUCAGGGAAGUCAGUGGGAUUGAUGGCGGUAUUUAGAAUUGGAUUGCUGACGAUCCUCGCUGUGGUUCCUGGGAGUUCAGAAAUAAACUUGGCGAAUAGCCGCCCCUGGAAGCCAUCUCCGUUAACCAUCACCGGGGAGGGGCCGCGCCUAAUAGUCUCUGUUAGGACUCGGGAUAGAAAGUGAUUAGCUCGGUUUUCGGAGUUACAUUGAGUACAGUGAAAAAUGUUUGAUAACCAUGAUGUAAAAAUAGAUCAAAAUUAAGACAAAGUAUUAGUCUGAGCAGAAUCAAGUCCUUAUUUUAAAUGCUUUUAAAAAUUCAAAAACGGGUGCUGGGUUGAGUGGUCUGAAGGUUGUAAGAUUUAACAGUAAAAAUCUCAAGAUUAAAAAGAGGAGUCUGAAUUCCGGUCUAGUUGUGUGAUCCUGACAAAAUCACUAGUUCUGAGAGCCUUAUUCUGUAAAAUGGCUACGAUGAUAGUUACAGUGGUUUUCUGACAGUUCUAGUAAAUUCUGUAUUACGGUCAGAAUGUUUGGAUUUGUAAGUGGUUAUGGGGUUUUGUAGCACUUAAAUACUUAAAGUCACUAAGCCCUCCUCUCCUCCAUCCCCCACAGUUUAGUGACAAGAGGUCUGAUUUUAAAGUCAUCACAUUUUGCCUAUACCUAGUGUAUCUUCAUCUUUAGAUUCAGGGGUCAGAAAAAUUUCACCUUAAGUUCACCUUAAAUCUUCCACGAACUUUUGUAGAAUAGGAUUAACGUCUUACUCAUUUGUGAAAUGCUUAUUCCUGGAACCUGUACGGUGCUUGUCAUUUUUGUACUCUUAAGAUUGAUUUCUAAAGAUAUGGUUUUCAUCCAGCUUCAUCAACGCACAUAAAUUUUCUCCUUUUUGGACUCUUGUUUUAUAUCACAAUGCAACAAGCUUUAGAACUGGCUUUGGAUCGUGCAGAGUAUGUCAUUGAAAGUGCCCGGCAGAGACCUCCUAAAAGGAAAUACCUAUCUAGUGGAAGAAAAUCUAUAUUUCAAAAACUUUAUGACUUAUAUAUUGAAGAAUGUGAAAAAGAGCCUGAGGUUAAGCAGAAAUUAAGAAGAAAUGUGAACUUAUUAGAGAAGCUUGUUAUGCAAGAGACAUUGUCAUGUUUAGUCGUCAACCUGUACCCAGGAAAUGAGGGAUAUUCUCUGAUGCUCAGGGGAAAAAAUGGAUCAGAUUCUGAGACCAUUCGACUGCCUUAUGAAGAAGGAGAAUUGCUUGAAUACUUGGAUGCAGAAGAAUUACCUCCAAUUUUGGUUGAUCUCCUAGAAAAAUCUCAGGUUAAUAUUUUUCAUUGUGGAUGUGUCAUAGCAGAAAUACGUGACUAUAGGCAGUCCAGUAACAUGAAAUCUCCUGGUUACCAAAGUAGGCACAUUCUGUUACGUCCAACAAUGCAGACUUUAAUCUGUGAUGUACAUUCAAUAACAAGUGAUAACCAUAAGUGGACCCAGGAAGACAAACUUUUGCUUGAGAGCCAACUGAUUCUGGCUACAGCGGAACCACUGUGUCUUGAUCCUUCCAUAGCUGUAGCCUGCACUGCAAACAGACUGCUCUAUAACAGGCAAAAGAUGAACACGCGCCCGAUGAAACGAUGUUUCAAGAGAUAUUCCAGGUCCUCUCUGAAUCGGCAACAGGAUCUGUCCCAUUGUCCACCUCCUCCUCAGCUAAAAUUACUUGAUUUCUUACAAAAAAGAAAGGAAAGAAAAGCAGGUCAGCAUUAUGACCUCAAAAUUUCUAAAGCAGGAAAUUGUGUAGAUAUGUGGAAACGGAGUCCCUGUAAUUUGGCUGUACCUUCUGAGGUGGAUGUGGAAAAAUAUGCCAAAGUAGAAAAAUCUAUCAAGUCUGAUGACUCACAACCAACAGUCUGGCCAGCCCAUGAUGUAAAAGAUGAUUAUAUAUUUGAAUGUGAAGCUGGUUAUCAGUAUCAGAAAACAAAGCUGACCAUUUUGCAGUCACUUGGUGAUCCACUUUACUAUGGUAAAAUCCAGCCGUGUAAAGAAGACGAGGAGAGUGACAGUCCGAUGUCGCCAUCCCACUUCUCCACAGAUGAUCAUUCAAAUUGGUUUGUUAUUGGAUCAAAGACUGAUGCUGAGAGAGUAGUCAAUCAGUACCAGGAAUUGGUCCAGAAUGAAGCCAAAUGUCCAGUGAAGAUGUCGCAUAGCUCCAGUGGCUCAGCCAGCUUGAGUCAGCUUUCUCCAGGGAGAGAAACAGAACAGCCUGAGACCGUGUCAGUUCAGUCUUCAGUACUGGGGAAGGGAGUGAAACAUCGACCUCCACCCAUCAAACUUCCCUCAGCCUCAGGAAAUAGUUCCUCAGGUAACUAUUUUACACCACAACAGGCCAGCAGCUUUCUUAAAUCUCCAACUCCUCCUCCUGCUUCUAAGCCACCAAGUCUUUCUCGGAAGUCAUCCGUGGAUCUUAAUCAAGUUAGCAUGCUUUCUCCAGCUGCCCUAUCACCUGCCAGUUCAUCACAAAGAUCUGGAACUCCUAAGCCAUCUACUCCUACACCAACCCCUUCAUCGACCCCACACCCUCCUGAUGCUCAGAGCUCAACUCCUAUUACCCCUUCAGCUACCCCUACUCCCCAAGAUUCAGGCUUCACCCCUCAGCCCACUUUGUUAACUCAGUUUGCUCAGCAGCAAAAGUCUCUGAGCCAGGCAAUGCCUGUAACGACCAUUCCUCUUUCCACCAUGGUAACAUCUAUAACCACAGGAACCACAGCCACCCAGGUCAUGGCAAACUCUGCUGGACUUAACUUCAUCAAUGUAGUGGGCUCUGUUUGCGGAGCUCAAGCUCUGAUGAGUGGUUCAAACCCUAUGCUGGGCUGUAACACUGGUGCCGUAACUCCUGCAGGAAUAAACCUGAGUGGCCUUCUACCCUCAGGAGGUCUGCUACCAAAUGCAUUGCCGGGUGCAAUGCAGUCAGCCUCUCAAGCAGGUGUUCCAUUUGGUUUAAAAAAUACUUCAAGUCUCAGGCCCUUAAAUCUACUCCAGCUCCCAGGCGGCUCGCUCGUCUUUAAUGCUCUGCAGCAGCAGCAGCAGCUGUCCCAGUUUACUCAGCCGCCCCAGCAGCCCGCAACUUCUAGUCCCCAACAGCCUGGGGAGCAGGGUUCUGAACAAAGUUUGACCAGUCAGGAACAAGCCUUAUCUGCUCAACACGCUGCAGUUAUUAACCUUGCUGGAGUAGGAAGUUUUAUGCAUUCACAGGCAGCUGUGUUGUCUCAGCUUGGCUCUGCCGAGAACAGACCUGAGCAAAGCCUUCCUCAGCAGAGACUCCAGCUCUCCUCUGCCUUUCAACAGCAGCAGCAACAGAUCCAACAGUUACGAUUCUUGCAGCAUCAAAUGGCUAUGGCAGCAGCAGCAGCACAAACAGCUCAGCUACAUCGUCAUCGGCAUACAGGCAGCCAGUCAAAAAGUAAAAUGAAGAGAGGCACGCCAACCACUCCAAAAUUCUGAGUCUUGAAUAGUUUUUCUUUUCAAAAACAUAAGAGCAUUGAAUCAAAAGGAUUCGGAGUUUCUACUUCAUUUUUGUUUUUUAAAAAUGUGUCAGUAUUUUACAUUGCUAGAUAUACAAACUUUAUACAGAAGUUUGAUUUUUAAAUAAAAACAAAUAAUUUUUAAAUAAAAACAGGGAAAUGGUUUAACAAACCAUUAAGGUUGGUUUGCCUAAGUCAUUGUUUUUUAAAAAUGGUUUCACUGUACAUAAUACAGAAGUGACCUGAGAAAUACUAGAAACAUCUUUCAAAAAACUGUAGUUUGGUAUUUAUUUAGUAUAAAAGGUUUGUGCACAGUGUAACAAAUACAGUUUUUACAAAUCUGUUUUGAAAA